GUUUCUUCAGCUGGAAAGAUUUAAAUAUUAAACAAUAUUGUAAUAUUUGUAAUAUAUUAAUGUAAAUAUGACGAAACUAAAAAAAUAUUUAUUAUGGUUUGCACAAGAACAUAUUGACUUUAGAUAUGCAGAAAUAAAAUCAAUUAUUCAAUUAUUCAACUUAAACCUGGAAUUUUGCGAUUUGGAAAUAAAUGUAAGUCUCUCUGUAUCUUUAAAGAAACUUUGGAACACAAUAAAAAUUUAUGAUUUUCUUGUAAAGAAACCUUAUUGGAUAGUUGAGUUACCCAAUGAGGAAGAAGCAAAGAAGCUUGCUUCCAGGUCUGUUUCAAUGCGCUGUAUUUUGGAAUUGUGGUCUUAUGGUAAACGUGACGAAAUGCACUCAAAUUUAAAGAAAUAUAUUAAAGAACAUAAGGAAACGGAACAGUAUUUUUGCGAAAAACUAUCAUUUAAAAUAAAUGUAGAAACGUACAAUAAACAUUUUACUCAAAAGGAAAAAGUACAAAAAAUUGAAAAUUUUGAUUACCUUCCUUUACGGGGGAAAGUAAAUUUAAAAGCACCAGAUGUUGAGUGGUGGUAUAUAGAAUUUUAUGGAAUGAAUCCAAAAGAUGUGCCUAACGAUCCGUUUUCAACAAUUUUUGCUAGAUGGGUUGCCGAUGGUCAACGGAACUUAAUUAACGAACUAUCGUUAAAAAAUAGAAAAUUUAUUGGAAAUACUUCUAUGGACGCUCAAUUAAGUUUGUUAAUGGCGAAUCAAGCAUUAGUUAAACCAUCUGACUUAGUUUUCGAUCCUUUCGUCGGAACUGGUUCACUUUUAGUUAGCGCCGCUAAAUUUGGAGCAUACGUUAUGGGAACUGAUAUAGAUUAUAUGAUGCUGCACGCAAAAAGCCGACCCAGCAGGAUUUCACAAAAAAUUAGAGAUAGUGAUGAAAGCAUCAAAGCAAAUUUAAAACAAUAUGACUGCGAAAAACGUUUCAUUGAUGUUUUCGUGUCGGAUUUUUCAAAUCCUGUGUGGAGAGAUAAUAUAGAAUUUGAUAGCAUAAUAACCGAUCCUCCCUAUGGUAUUAGAGAAGCAACAAGUAAAAUCGAUACAAAAAUUUCAGAAAAAAUCAAUUCCAGAGAUCCAAACGCUCCUCAUUAUCCCUCCACAUCUCCAUAUUCUUUGCAUAAUUUGUAUAGAGAUCUUUUAAGAUUUUCAGCAAAGCAUUUAAAAAUGAAUUGCCGAUUAGUAUGUUGGUUACCAUUCCAUCAAGAUGAUUACUCAAAUGAAGCUAUUCCGCAACAUCCUUGUCUUAAAUUAGUUGCAAACUCAGAACAACGUCUUUGUGGGCAAACUUCAAGAAGACUCCUUACAUAUACUAAAGUUCGAAACAUAGAUGAUUACGAUACUACAUUCGAGCAAAGCUCUGAAUUUCAUGAUUUUAGAGAAAGAUAUUUUUAUAAUGGACAAUCAAGAAAAGAACGUAAAAUUGAAAGAGCAAAACUGAGAGAAAUAGGAAAAAUUGAAGCGAUUAAGCAUGGAAAAACUUUAGACGAAAAUGGGAAAGUAAUAUCAAAUAAAAAGAAGUCUAAUUAAUACUUAUUGAUAUAGAAAAUUUAAUAAAAAAUUUCAAUUAAUUUUAUAUAAAUAAAUGUUUUGCUAUUACUAU